GCUUAUAUUUUGCCGCUUUUAGCAGCUUUAAAGUAGUGUGCGUCUAAAAGUCAGCAUUUACUCAGUCUUACAUUUGGCGCUUGUUGUGCUGUAUGGUUAUAUGCCGUGAGCUGUCGAUAAAAAAAUCAUAAGGAUGGCGGCGGCAGUAGCGAAUGGUCGUAUCAGCAAUGUUGAAAUAAAUUCGAAUAAAACUCUGCAAGAAUGCAACGGCAAAGAAGAAAAAAUAUUUAAUGGAAAAAUUAGUGAACAUAAAAACGGUUUUGUGAAAUCCACACAUAUCAGUAACGGGGUAACGCCGGAACCAUGGUCGGGCUCGGGCGCGAUCCCGCGCAUGGACUGGUCGCAGUACGACACGUUCCCCGGCUCGUUCGAGAAGUGCACGCUGCUCACGGCCGUGCUCACGCACAUCGGCCUCUACAUACUCAUGUUCCUCGGCUUCGUCAACCAGCUGCUUUUUAAACCAAAAGUCGCCACUGAGAAAAAUAGAGAGGGGUACGCGCCGCUCUACGACCCAUUCGAGCAGUUCUUCUCGCGCUACGUGUACCGGCGCGUGCAGCACUGCUUCAACCGACCCAUCUGCUCCGCGCCCGGCGCCGAGUUCACGCUCAAGGAGCGCGAGAGCACAGACCACAACUGGACCUUUAGGUUCACGGGCACGGAGCGGCGCUGCAUCAACCUGGGCUCGUACAACUACCUGGGGUUCGCGGAGGGCGCGGGGUCGGUGACGGAGGCGCCGGUGACGGCGGCCGUGCGGCGCUACGGGCUGGCCAUGUGCUCGCCGCGCGCCGAGCUCGGCUCCACGCGCCUGCACGCCGAGCUCGAGGCCGCCACCGCACGCUUCCUCGGCGUCGAGGCGGCGAUAGUGUUCGGCAUGGGGUUCGCGACGAACUCGCUGGGGCUGCCGGGGCUGUUCGGGCCGGGCACGCUCGUGCUCAGCGACGAGAACAACCACGCGUCGCUCAUCCUCGGCCUGCGCCUGGCGCGCGUCACGGUGCGCGUGUUCCGCCACAACGACGUGCGCCACGCCGAGCGCCUCGCGCGCCACGCGCUGCGCGAGCGCCGCUGGGACAACGUCGUCAUCGUGGUGGAGGGCGUGUACAGCAUGGAGGGCUCCAUCGCGCCGCUGCGCGCGCUCGUGGCGCUCAAGCACCGCCUCGGCCUGCGCCUGUACCUGGACGAGGCGCACAGCGUCGGCGCCAUGGGCCCGCGCGGCCGCGGCGUCAGCGACCUGGCCGGCGUGGCGCCGCGCGACGUCGACGUGCUCAUGGGCACCUUCACCAAGAGCUUCGGCGCCGCCGGCGGCUACAUCGCCGGGUCGGCGGCGCUGAUCAACCGCGUGCGCCUGGCGGGGCACGCGCACUCGUACGCGCACGCGAUGUCGCCCGCCGUGGCCGCGCAGGUGCUCGCCGCCAUGCGCGCGCUCGACACGCCCGCCGGCGUCGCGCGCGUGCGCAAGCUGCGCGACAACGCGCUCUACUUCCGACGCAGGUUACGCGAGAUGGGAGUGGUGACGUUCGGACAUCCGGAGUCGCCGGUGGUGCCGAUGCUGGUGUACACGUUCAGCAAGAUGGCGGCGACGGUGGAGCGACUCACGGCGCUCGGCGUCGCCACCGUCGGCGUCGGCUUCCCCGCCACGCCGCUCAACAAGGCGCGCAUCAGGUUCUGCCUGUCGGCGUCGCACUCGCGCGCGCAGCUCGACGCGUGCGUGCGCGCGCUGCGCACCGCCGCGCACGAGCUCGGCCUGCGCUACUCGCGCCUGCCGCCCCCCGCGCCCACCGCCGCGCCCACCGCCGCGCACUAGGCGCGCCGCCUCGCGUGCCUUACACGAGCUUCUACUCAAUAAAUUAUUUCUCCCGCC